AACAGAAGUGAAGAUCUAUUAAUGGACAAUGAGAUGCAUCACCAAAGAAGUUCAUCAGUCGGCAAAUAUGGAUCUACAGAUACUAGCAAAUACUCUUAUAUGGACAAAUCUAAAACUGGUGGGGAAGACAGGUACCAUUCUCAAGAUGCAAUCAGACAAGACAAAACAGGAGACAGGCAAAGGUAUAUCGAAGACAGAUUCAGUCAUAAGGAUGAAGAUAGAUAUAGAAAGGAAAAUAAAAGUUAUGAAUACAAAAAUAAAGAAUAUUUUUGAUGCAAGUGAAAGAGACAAAACAGAAAGAGAUGUUUCAAGCAGAAAAAAAAGAAGAUUAUCCAAGGAUGCUGAAGACGAUGAUUAUAUCCAUCCGAAGCGAGUAACUACUCCUGGCCAAGGGCAACAAGGGUAUUCAGAUUAUGAUAAGAAUGAACAAAAUGAGUAUGGAGACGUUGACUACAGAUAUGGUGAUAAUUCACAAAAACAAUCAGAGAGAGAUGAUAUGCACAAAGUAUUCAAAAAGCAGUCAUCUGACUAUCCAUUCUGGGAGCAGCAGGAGGCUGUGUCUAGUUUCUUCUCCAAGUGUGAUACAAAGAUUCCUGGCAUUGCAGAUGAUGAUGCUGAGGAUAUGUUCCUAUAUGGGAAUAAUUCCAAGGAAAGAAUAAAAGAAGAUCCAAAACCAAGCACAAGAGUUGAUUUAAGGAGUAUUCUAGGGUAUGUGACAGAUACCUAUUCUAAGAGAGAUGAGUUGCCUCACCCAGUCAGUCAGGCGAACUCUCAGUCAGAUUUCCAACCUAAGAGUUUAGAGUCAACUUAUAGAAUGCCUACAAAUCAACCUAGUGUAAGAGAUGAAACUCCUAUCAGAUCAGUUCAGAAGUACACAACGACUCAGCCUAAAUCAGAGCCAGUCUCUCAAACCAGAAAGGUUGAAAUCGUUUCUGGGUAUUCCCAAACUAGAAGUUCCUAUGGUGUUUCUCUAGCUGAAACAAAAGUGACCUCUUCUGAUAAGAAUUUACAAUUCCCUUGUGGUUCACAACAACAACAACAACCUCAUCAGCAUCAUCAUCAACAACAACAACAGAAGCAACAGCAGCGACAACAGCAGCAACAACAACAACAACAACAACAUCAGCAGCAGCGACAACAGCAGCAGCAGCAGCAGCAGCAGCAGCAGCAACAACAACAACAACAUCAGCAGCAACAACAACAACAACAACAACAACAUCAGCAGCAGCAGCAACAACAACAACAACAGAAACAGUUGCCACCACCACCUUCAACUCCAUUCUAUAGUAACACUCAAUCAAAUCAGUAUAGGCAAGAAAGUUAUUCUGACAAUAGAGGACAGUCUUCCUCAAUGAGUUCAUCAAGACCACCUUCAACCCAAGUUAUGGCAGAUAAACAAGUUAAGAUACAGGCUCCUAUUCAGCAGAUUUCAAGAAGUUCUUCAGUUCAGCAAGUUCAACCAAUAACCACUCAUAUGCCAGGAAGACACUUAAAUAGAGCACCACAACCUGCCCAGGCUAGCCAAAUCUUUCGUCCAAUGAUGGGAGGACAAUUUAACGCACCACAACAUCCAAGACAAUUUUAUAACAGACCCUGGAUGAGUAAUGUGCAAGGAAAUUUCAAUCGUGGUGGGCCUCAUAUGAUGGGUAUCAUGAGACAACCUGUUCGGUAUAUGAGGCCACCAUUUAAUAUGCAGUCACAAACUCAAGUUUUCCCUCAUAUGCAAAAUCCUGUUGCAAUACCACCUCCUGCAUCAUCUAGUUCUAUUAUUAUGACAUCCCCACAAGCUAACAAGACGCCUCUGAAAAAUAAACAAGAGCAAAGCCCACGCAUAGUGGGUCAAACAGGAAAGAAAAUGUUACCAGCAAUGACAAUGGAGUCUGUACUCAAGCUGGAAGAUGUUCUUGAAAGAAAGCAAAGUGUUAUCACUAAAAACAAGAUGGUGUAUCAGGAACUAGUAGGUUAUAAAAAACAAAUUGAUAGUUUGAAGGAAAGAUUUGGUAAAGAUGCAACAAAGUUCAAGACUUGCUUCACAAAAGUAUACAAACUGGUAGAUGACAGUGAAGCUCAGUUGGCCCGGUUUCAAAAUGAAAUUGCUAAAUUCCAAGACGAGUACAAUAAACAGUAUGCAGCUCUGGAUCCCCAAACCAGAGCAAAAUUCAGGUCAAGACGUGUGAAAAAAAGGAAGAGUUCGAAAUCCAUUGAUGUCCAGUAUAAG